AUGGCAACCGUCUAUGGCACCAACACUUCCGGGAAGUGGGGUAUGUUGGACCAGUUCGCUGCGUUGAUUUGGGUCCGCGAGAAUAUGGCUGCCUUUGGCGGAGAUCCAAACCAUAUCACCGUAAUGGGCCAGUCGGAUGGUUCUGCUGCGACCUACCACAUCCUCAGUGGCGAGCUUACUCGGGGCUUCAUCAGCGGUGUGCGUGAUCCUUACGACCCGCUCUGCUCCAGUCUUGCCGAAGGAUACCGUAACCUCUCCACUGCUCUCGAGACCGGUAUUGAUUACGUUUCCAGCCUGAACGCCACAGCCAUAGCCGAUGUGCAAGAGCUGCCAAUGUCGGAUCUCAUCACAAAAUUCAGGGAUAGCACUUUCAGCUUUGGGGCAGUGCUGGACGGGUACGCCAUGCCCGCCAAGUAA